UAUAAAAGAGGGGGGACAUCUUUCUUUGGAGAGCUACUCCAUACAUACCCUAAAACCCAAUAUCUGUUCGAGCCGCUUGUUGGAGUCUAUGCUCAUAUGUAUGGGGGUGUGACUGUGCCGCCAUGGAGCAUUAGAGCCUUCGCUAAUGGAACGAUACGUGAUGCGCCUGAUUACGAAGUGAACUAUAUAGCGGAGACACUUAACAAAAUGUUUAACUGCGACUACAACUCUGUCCAUAUUGAGAACUUUAAAAGUGACGGUCCACUACCCGCAAUUCAUUCAGUGUCAUACAAACAAUGCAUAAAACAGAAUGGCCUCAAAAAAUGGCCCAACAUUACCUAUAGUCAUUGUGAUAGGCCUACCUAUAUGAAUGAUAUUCCUCCAGAGUGUGUUAACCCAGACGUCUAUGACGAUAUUUCACUACACCAAGGCAACAAGAACAGAACAACUAUAAUGCAACAUUUCAACACAUAUAACUCAAAGGUGAAGCUCAAAUGGAAUCGUUUGUUAAGAUGCACUGACGAUUUGAGAAAAAAUUGCUCAGAAUCUAAUCAAAGAGUUUAUAAAUUGAUUCGCAUGAACAUGAAGACUGCUGUAACGCUCUUGGAAAGAUAUUCCGACAUUAAAGUGAUACAUUAUAUCAGGGACCCUCGAGGUAUUCAGAAUUCCAGGGUCGACACUGUAACAUCUUUUGCAUUUGAGGAUAGAAUGACCCUUGUAGAGUCGUCUGAUUUACUCUGUAGACUGAUUUGGAACGACAUUCUAGUUGCUUCAAGACAACCUCUGCAUAUUGCUAGGAGGAUACUACAGGUGAGAUACGAGGAUGUUGUUAACGACCCAAAGAACACAAUAGAAAAAAUUGACGAAUUUCUGGAUAGAGAGUCACAACCAGAGAUGCUUGACUGGUUGAAUUUGAAUACUAAUUGUCCGAAUAUGACACAAACUUUGUCAGACAGUCAACCAUUUGCCUUAUGCAAAAAUGCAUCUUACACUAUGGAUAAAUGGCGCGAACGCCUCAGUCCAGAAGACAUAGCUGGGAUAACUAAGACAUGUUCCAAUGUUCUCAAGCAUUUUAAGUAUUCAUAAUUCAAUUGAAAAGCAUUCAGUUGUCCCCCCAACAUUUGAUCUGUAAGGAUCUGGUAAACAUUUUAAACGCUAUGCGUCACACUGUAUAUAUUUGUAUUUGUAUGUUUAAACAUCAGUCGAAAAGCAUAACUAAUAUCAUGCUGCUAGAUCUCUCUUGCAAAACAGGUAUAGUAUUAACAUCAUUAACCAUGCUUCCUAAAGCAUAUUUGAGAUUAAGUACAUUAUCAUAAAUUUUAUGCUUUGAAAGCCUGAAUAGCAUAAUUUCUUACUUUAGAUGUGAGUUUAUCUUAUCUUGCAAGGUAGGUCUAUAGCAUAAUAUAAUGUGAAUAUAUAUAUAUAUAUCUAUAUUAUAUGAGUGUUCAUUCAUUUACUUAUAAUCAGUCAAAUUUUGACAUUAUAACUGACCUUUUAUAGCCAAGAAUACACUGAUUAUCUUAAAAUGAGUUGAAAAUAUUGCUCAUAGUUCUUAAUGACACUGUUUCCAAAGUUCUUAAACUAUGAACUCAAAGGCCUAAUGUUUGAAAUUAAGUCUGACUUGACU